UCAGGAUUGGACAUAAUUGUGUUUAAGGUGCCUCUGGGACGUUCAUUUCACACAGUUUUUGAUUACCUACCAUGUGCCAGGCAUAGGGCAUGGACAUAAAUAGUUGAACAACAGAUAAAAAUCCCUAUUCUGGCGCUUACAAUCUGGGAAGUCAGCUUGAAAUUCGGGGCUGUGGAUGCAGGAAUUAUUUUAUACAGAAAUCUUGUGUGAUUCCCUGUGCAAGCAAGACGAUGAUUGUACAAAGAGUGAUACUGAAUUCCCGACCUGGAAAAAAUGGUAAUCCAGUGGCAGAAAAUUUCCGAGUAGAAGAAGUAAAUUUACCAGAUAAUAUCAAUGAAGGACAAGUACAAGUCAAAACUCUUUAUCUUUCUGUGGAUCCUUACAUGCGUUGUAGAAUGAAUGAAGACACUGGAUCUGAUUAUUUGACACCUUGGCAGCUGUCUCAAGUGGUUGAUGGUGGAGGUGUUGGGAUUAUAGAAGAAAGCAAACACACAAACUUUACUAAAGGUGAUUUUGUGACUUCUUUCUAUUGGCCCUGGCAAACCAAGGUUAUUCUGGAUGGAAAUAGCCUUCAAAAGGUAGACCCACAACUUGUGGAUGGACACCUUUCAUACUUUCUUGGGGCCAUAGGUAUGCCUGGUCUGACUUCCUUGUUUGGGAUACAGGAAAAAGGUCAUAUAACUGCUGGAUCUAAUCAAACAAUGGUUGUCAGUGGGGCUGCUGGUGCUUGUGGAUCCUUAGCUGGGCAGGUAAGUUUUCUGAAAAUUAUUUGAUUUUCUAAAAAAGUA